AUGCCGCCCAACGAGGACAUCGCGGCCCUCCACCCGUCGAGCUGCCUCGGCUUCAGCGGCGGCGUCCUCGGCGGGUUGCACGCCGUGAGCUACCGCGGGGAGCCCUUCAUCACGUUCCCGCUCGGGGCCAUGGUCGUCGUGAAGCACGCGACGCGCAAGGAGGGCGUCGCCUUCCUCCAGGGCCACAGCCGCAGUGUGUCCUGCGUCGCCGUGAGCCACGACUGCCGCAUGCUCGCGUCGGGCCAGACGAACCAGCUCGGCGUCGAGGCGCCGGUCAUGCUCUGGGAUUUGGAGGAGGCCUGCGAGCGCGUGCUGCAGGGCGGCGCGGGCCACGGGUCCCUGGGGCCCGUGCACGUGCUCCGGCAGCAUUUGGCGGGCGUGCAGGCGCUGUCGUUCUCGUGCGACGACCGGUCGCUCGCGACCAUCGGCGGCCGCGACGACAACUCGCUCGUCAUCUGGGACACGCGGACGGGCAACGCGAUCUGCGGCGUGCCCGCGGCGCCGGACACGGUGCUGUGCGUCAGCUGGCUCAAGCGGAACCCGCACCGUUUGGUUACCGCCGGCAAGUACCACGUCCGCGUCUGGCACGUGGACCCGUCGGGCCCGAAGAUCCACCCCAUGGACGCGAAGAUGGGCAAGAUGAAGCGCGUCGUCCAGUGCGUCGACGUGUCCGCCGACGACGACUACGCCAUGUGCGGCACGCAGACGGGCGAGGUGUUGCAGAUCGACGUGAACCGCGAUCCGAUUUUGGCCUACAACGACCCGGACCGCAUGGUGCCCCGGCUCGUGAACACGUCCAAGGACCGCUUCGGCAAGGGCGUCAAGUCCAUCUGCGUGAUGCCCGGCGCGUCCGCGGACGGGCUCGACGUCCGCUGGACGGCCCAGGUGUCCGGAGGCGUGACCUCCUUGUCGGCGCUGCCGGACAACCCGCGGGCUUUAGCGAUCGGCACGGACCUGGCGAACCGCUACGAGAUCCAGGACCUCGGGCGCGAGCCCUUUUUGAAGGGCACCGCGCACACGGGCGCCGUCUUCGACGUCUGCUUCCCGGAGUACUCGUCCCAGGUCUUCAUCACCUGCUCCGUGGCCGACAUCCGGGUCUGGGACGCGGCGAAGCGGGCCGAGCUGCUGCGCAUCCAGGUGCCGAACCUGGAGUGCAAGUGCGUCGGCGUGACGGCCGUGGGCGACGUCGUCGUCACGGGGUGGUCCGACGGCAAGGUCCGCGCGUUCGGCCCCGAGUCGGGCAAGCUCAAGUUCGCCAUCCCCGACGCCCACGCGGAAGCCGUGACGGCGCUGGCGCUGUGCAAGGAGGGCGGCUGCGUGCAGACGCGGUCCGGCGCGCCCUGGCGGCUGCUCACGGGCGGCGUCGACGGCCGCGUCCGCGUCUGGAAGAUCACGCACUCGCACCAGGCGCUGCUCAACUCCAUGAAGGAGCACCGGUCCGCCGUGACGUGCAUCCGCAUCACGACGGAGCGCGACCAGUGCAUCUCGUCGUCCAAGGACGGCGCGUGCCUCGUCUGGUGCCUCGAGCGCUACGUGCGCCUCACGGCGCUCUUCGAGCCGACGCUGUUCAACUCCGUGCUCUACCACCCGGACAGCUCGCAGAUUUUGACCUGCGGCUCGAACAUGAAGAUCUCCUACUGGGAGGCGUCCAGCGGCGACGCCAUCCGCGUCGUCAAGGGCGGCGACGGCGAGAUGACGGCGCUGGCCAUCUCCGACAACGGCAAGUACUUCGUGUCCGGGUCCGCGGACAAGAGCGUCAAGCUCUGGGACUACGACGGCGGCAUCUUCCUCGCCAAGGGCGUCGCCCACAGCGGCACCGUGUCCGCGGCGACGAUCUCGCCGGACCAGCGGACCGUCGUCUCCGUGGGCCACGAGGGCGGCAUCUUCGUCUGGCCGCUGCCCGAGGAGAUCGCCUCGGACAUGUAG